AUGUCUAUUCAUAAUUCUACUGAUCCAUUGCCAAGACCAAGAGAACCAUUAAGUUUAGAAGCAUUAUGCAUGAUAAUCAAAGCAAAACUUCGAAGAGAUCAUCCUAAUGCAAUAUUUCCAUAUUUGCCUACAAUAAAUGGUAAUUUAGCUUCAUAUUUAGCAUUCGUUCGUCAACAUGGUUCAGUGAUCGAAGGCCGAUAUACAUUGGGAAGUGUACCAGCCUCCGAUUACGAUUAUGUUACAUGUGUGUAUUAUAAUCAUCACAAUAUUGAAAUCUCACGUUUACAAAUAAGUACAAAACCUGUCUAUGGUAUUUCUUCAUCUCCAACCGGUGGCUAUAUAUCACUUGAUGGUACAUAUGUACCAACGCGAGGAGUUUCAAAUUAUGGUAAUGCAUUCGGUUACAGAGACUCGGGAAUUUGUACCUCAAUGUGUGUUAGUAAAUUUAACAUGCCUAAUGAACAGAUUAAAGUCGAUUCGGCUACUGGAAUAUCAACCUGGAGUAUCGUACCAAAGCGUUUAGAUUCAAGUUCUACAGUUCGAUUGGAAAAAGUUCUUGUCGAAUCAUCAAAUGCUGAUAUUGGAAUUACUACCAUUGUUCCCGUAGUUCAACAAAAUAAUGGUCAACUUGUUGAAUUAAAUUCUAUUUCUGGUCAAGCAAAUUCGCCAAUUACAGAUUUUCCAACUGAUGAUAACAUUGAUAUAUUUUUUGUAUCAGUCACGAUGUUUCCAAGCUAUCCUGAUGCGAAUCAAGUCGAUCCACUGUCUAGUGCUUCAUGCAGACAAUCACAAUCGUUAACAAUGACUAGUAGUUCAUCUAAUGUCAAUGCUCAAGGUAAUAUUUGGCAGAUCAAUAUCGAUCAAACAUACGGUUUAUCUGUCAAAGUUGAUACCCUUCGAGUUAAUACUGAAGAGCAACGUAUUACUGGAAUUGUUCUUCUCAUGUUGAUUGAUGCUAAUCAACAACAAAUUGGUCCAUUUGUUUCUCAAAUAAAUGAUGGCAGUAUUUUAACAAUUCAAAAUCUCCCAUCAACAUCUAUUUCAACUAUUCAUCUUCAAUUUCCCGAUGGUACUGAAUCUUCCGGUUAUUCAGUAGAUAUGGUUCUGUGUCCACAGACAACUGCUGCAUCAUCAAGUCAUUCUAGAAAACCACCGCACUUAGGACAAGCUGGCCAACAACGCAUACCAUGGCAAUCUCCAGAACCUACACCACUGAAUCAACAAAGUCAAUCUUGGCGAUCGCCCUAUUCAGGACAAUCUAGUCAACAACUGUCGCCUUCGCAAUCUCAACAGCUUGUACCAGUUAAUCAACAAGGUCAUUCUAGGAAACUACCAUAUUUAGGACAAGUUAGUCAACAACAAACAACCUGGCUGUACCCACAACCUGCACCACUCAAUCAACUUGACCAGUCUUGGCAAUCACCCUAUUCAGGGCAAGCUGGUCAACAACAAACACCAAGGCAACCCAAUCAAACAGCAAAACCAGGAAGUCCCUUGGGUAAGAUAUAUGAUAGUUCCAGCUUUAGAGAUUUUCCUACAACAUUGCGUUAG